AAAAGAUACAUAUACGAUGGGUAACGUUGGGAGAAGUACUUUCGUCCGCGGGAAUUUUAUCUUCCCGCUGACAAUAAUGCUGGGAUUAACUGGCUUGUUAAUGUGGAUGACGGUAACAAGGAGGUCUGCAAGCGUAUCUCGGCCAGCCUGUGAAAAUCCAUCAGCUGAAACCUGCCUACGAGACAUGUUGGAAGGACCCCCGCUAUGGAACGACCCUCAGCUUCUCCAGGUGAUCAAGGAAGAGUUCCUGAGGCCUCCUGCUCACGUGCAGGACAUCCCGCCGAUCCUGGAGGGCGUGGAGGUCGAAGUACUGGAGGCUGUGAAUAGGACGGUCGGUCCCGUGAACUUCUUGGUGGCGAUGGUGGGCGUCAACCUCGAACUGGUGAAGGAACUGUCCAAAAGAGCGACAGGCAUCUGGAUCGACCCUCGGCCGUGGCAGAAUCCAGCGCCAUCAGUCGUUUCGAACAUGUGGCACACGCACGCUUGUCUGACGCCGAAAUACGAAGCAUGA